AAAAUUUAUAUUUUAAUAUCAAUUCAAAUAAAUUAACUUAACAAAUAAUCUUAAAUUUAUUUUUAAGUAAAAAUUAAUUACUUGUUUAUUUUCAAGUAAAUAUAAAAUCGAGAGUUUAAGCACUAAAGUAUAAAUAUUGUUAAUAAUAUUUAAAGUACGAGGUAUUCAACAUGUAACGAUACUGCGAAUAAAUUAACAUUAAAAUAAAAAUUAAUAAUUUGUUCGUUCUCACGUGAAUCGGACCGAAUAACUUGCCCGGUUCGGUCCAAGUAGCAGGGGUAAAAGGGAAAUUCUUCAAAAUUCGUGGUUUCAAGUACUAAUUUGGGUGGAUGGAAAAAUCAAUCCCAUGCUUAAAGGAAAAACAAAAAGAUGACAUCCACACCACCAGGUUGUAGGCGUCAUUCAAGUUCUCGAAGAAACAAAAUUUAACACAACUUUAAAUUAUUCUAUGUAAUUUCUUAAUUUCUUCUUUUUUUUUAUAUACAUAUUAAAAAAAACUAGCAUAAUCUGCACAACGCGUUGGAUAAGUACUAAUUUAUAUAAAAUGUAAAUCCCUUUUACCCUAUUAAAGCAGAAAACAGGAUGCUGAUGUGACAAUUUCUUAUUAAAAUAUUUUGGCUCCAAAUGCACCAUAUUGCAUAAACCAUUUUGCCACGUGUCACCCCCUUUUAAUAACAAAAAAUAUAUUUACAAUAUUAACGAAGAGAUCAGAUGGCCAUGUUCAUUCAAAUUUUGAAUUUUGACAGUGAAUGAAACUUUUCUUAUCCACUUAUUUAGGACUUUCAAAAAAAUUAAUUUUUGGUCAAUCAAUUAUCUUCAUAAAAAACUAAAUUCAUUCCUAAUUAGUUUUGAUUAUUCACAUAUCAAUUUAUUAGGUGGGAGGACGCCCCCGGGCAUUUGCCCGGGACAAGCAUCUAGUUGUUAUUAUUGGAGGGAGAGUAAUAAUACUCAAAUGCAAUUAGUAAAAGUUUUUAAAAUGACUUCUCCAGUUACAUAGUCCCGCCAUCACAAAUUGAGUCUUGAUUCAGGAUUUUUAAUACAAAUUCAACAAACAUUUGGAAGGAAAAAUAUUGUUUACUACUGCAAUACUCCCUCUUGUAGCCUUUUUUGUCUUUUUUUUUUUUUUCCUUUCGGGUUAGUUUAGUUAAGAGUCUUAUCUUGUUUCCCUUUCUUCCUAACUGAAAACAAAAUCCCAGGGGAAAAAAUAAAAAUGGAUAAGGGAAACUACAAAUCUCUGAAAAUCGUCCGAACAUCGUCCGGUUCUAAUGUCUUCAACCUAAUCAUCAAUCGCCCUUCCCACGUCAACGCUCUUUCAGCUGACUUCUUCAUCGAAUUCCCCCAAGCCCUCUCGUUCCUCGAUCAGAACCCUGACGUCGCCGUCGUCAUCCUCUCCGGCGCCGGCCGACACUUCUGCUCCGGAAUCGACAUACAGGUACUCAAUUCUAAUUUUGCCGAUCGCCCUUUAUCGGAUCGGGGUCGAGUUGGCGAGAAGCUCAGGCGGGACAUCAAGUUCUUGCAAGAUGCAAUCACGGCCAUCGAGCGGUGCCGGAAGCCGGUUAUCGUUGGCGUCCACGGCGCGUGUGUCGGCGGGGCAGUUGAUAUUAUCACGGCUUGUGACGUCAGGUAUUGUUCGAAGGACGCUUAUUUUUCUGUGAAGGAGGUGGAUUUGGCGAUCACGGCGGAUCUCGGAACUCUUCAGAGGCUUCCGGGAAUCGUUGGGUACGGGAAAGCGAUGGAAUUGGCGUUGACGGGUCGUCAAUUUUCCGGGUCGGAGGCCAAAGAGAUGGGUUUGGUUUCAAAGGUGUUUGAUACAAAGGAAGCUAUGGAAGAAGGAAUUAAAGCCAUUGCUGAGGGAAUAGCAGCAAAGUCGCCACUUGCAGUAACAGGGACAAAGGCGGUGAUGCUGAAGAGUAGAGAUAUGAGUGUGGAACAAGGUCUCGAUUAUGUGGCUACUUGGAAUUCUGGUGUGCUUUUGUCUGAUGAUCUCAAAGAGGCUGUUAUGGCACAUCUCCAAAAGCGCAAACCUUCAUUUGCCAAGCUCUAAUGUAAUGUAUCAACUUCAUCCCUCCCAGUAAUGAAAGAAGAAUAAGGAACAUUUAAUUUGGGCUUUUAACGAUGUGGGCUGUACUGUGUAGACUGUAGACAUUACAAAAGAAUGAAGAAAACUGAUGAAUGAUGUUUUUAGGAUUUGGUCUGUACUGUGGUACGCCUUACAUUGCGCCAUUGCUAAAUGGUAAACCUUGAAUGAUCAGUACUAGUUACAAACACCCAUGAUGUGGACAUACACUUGUUUAAGAGAUUGUGUUGUACUCCAUGUGGUCCUUAAUAUAAGAUAUUUUGAUUUGUCUUUUGUUUCGCCUAGUAUGCUUUUUUAAUUGAAAAAAAAAAACCUUAAAAAUAUUUCUUAACAAUCAAAAGAAC